GUGAAGAAGCCCAUUAUGUGGAAGCUAUGGGCCGACAUUCUAGGUGUGGAAUUUCGGGAUACUCCCAUGCGUAAGAGCAGCUUCGACUUAAAGUUUGUGGUACGCGAUGAGAAGCGGCCAUUGGAGUUCACGCAGAUUGAGAAGCGUGACCAAAAGCAGAUCUUCACAUUACUGGAGAAGAUCUCGGACGUGAAAGACAAGAUCCGCAACCUCAGCGAG